AUGGCUGGUCUACCACCUCGGAGGCUGGUUUGGAAGAUGACGAUAGAAUCGCGUACUACAGAGCGGCAGAGCACCAGUGUCCUUGAUGCUUUAGAGGAAGGCGUCAACUUGAAGGGUUACAUAGUGUGUAGUUUGAUUGACAACUUUGAAUGGAUGUCGGGUUAUUCGGAAUGUUUCGGUCUGUAUCAAGUAAACUUUGAAAGCCCCGAAAAGACUCGGACGCCAAAAAAAUCUGCGUUUAUCUAUAAAGAAAUCAUUAAAAGCAGAAUUAUCAAUCCUAAUUACGAACCACCUUCAAGGACAAUGUGGAUAGACGAAGGACAUUAG